AUGGAUGUGGUCACAGAGUAUAGCUUGGAGACAUCUGUGACUAUAUUUGAUGUUCCUGUUAAUAAUCACAUUCUGCUCUUCACAUCAAAAACAUCAGACAACUUUAAUAUAAUAUAUGAAAGUUAUGAAUCCACUGCACUGGAAUUUAGGGGACAGAUCAUCUUUGUUUUGGUCGACACGGAUGAACCUCGUAACGGUCGGCUCUUUGAAUAUUUCCGUAUCACAGAGGUUGACACUCCAGCAGUCCGUAUUCUAAACAUAACAAGUGAUAUCAAAUACAGAAUGCCCGCUGAUGAUGUUUCACCUUUGAAAAUGUUCGAAAUUUCUGUCAAAGAUAUUUGGAUGGAAAAGCUAAGCACCAAAAAAACAGUGAAGAGAUCCCUAGUGACUGGGACAAACAUCCUGUUAAAGUGCUGGUGGGGAAGAAUUUCAACAAAGUUGCAUUCAAUAAAUCAAGUGAUGCAUUUGUCAUGUUUUAUGCUCCCUGGAACGAGGAAUCUCAAGAAUUAUUACCAGUGUGGGAGGAUUUAGGAAAAAGAUACAUGAAUAAUACAAAUGUGACAAUUGCUAAAAUAGACUGUACAGCCAAUGACAUUCAGUUAAUGGUGCUGGAUCGCUACCCUUAUUUUCGUUUCUUCCCUGUAGGAUCAGAUAACAAGUCUGUCCGCUAUACAGGAGGCAAGACAAUCAAGGCAUUCACAGAGUUCCUAGAAAAUGAAAUCAAGUCUUCAAAAACCAGGGAAGAGGACUCUUCUGAAUCAAGCAGUGAAGAUGAUACUAAGAAGUUUAAGGAAGAGUUGUAA